AUGGCGUCGCGCAGCAGCAAAACCAGAACGGUCGCUGCUGGCGCUGGCGCUGACCCGCCGACCUCGGCUGGGCAAAGCAGCGGCAGCAGCACCACUACCCGCCACCACCACUCGGGGCCGGCCCCCUCAUUCCCCACCCACAACUCGCCGCGCACCUGGCUCCUCACGGCUGCGCUGUCGCCGCUCGCCGUGCGCCUGAUCCGCUGUCUGCUCUCCCACGGCGACUAUGUCGUCGCCUGCCUGCCACCCCACGAAAUCGAGCACGACGAGCGCAGUGCCGAGUUUCGCGACCUCAUCGACGAGUGCAAGAGCGCGCGCAAGGACCGCGACGGCUGGAAGGACCGCAUCCGCGGCAUCCGCUGCGAUGGCCAUAUGAGCUCGUGCGGCGCCGCCGUCGCCGAGGCGGUCCAGGUCUUUGGCAGGAUCGACAUUUUGCUGUGCUGCCGAUCAGAAGCGGUUGUCGGGACCGUCGAGGAGCUCUCCACCACGCCAGCCACCCAGAACCUUGUCCGAGACCAGUUCGAAUCCAUCUUCUUCACCCAAGUCAACUUCAUCAAGGCCGCCCUCCCCACCCUGCGCUCCCAACACACCGGCCACAUCAUCAUCCUGUCCAGCAUCGGCGGCCACAUAGGCACCCCCGGCAUGUCCAUGUACACGGCCGCCACCUGGGCCCUCGAGGGCUUCUGCGACUCGCUCGCCUACGAGAUUGCGCCCUUCAACAUAAAGGUCACAAUUAUCCCCGCCUACGCCGACAUCUUCAACAACGCGCCCAACAUCCGCGACAUGCUCAUCAGCGUCCUCAACACCGACCCCGACACGGCCAUCCCCGAGACCACGGAUUCGGACGCCAUGCCCUCGACGCCCGCCAGCACCUCGCUUGAGCCAGAAAUGGGGCACGGCGACGUCUUUUAUCGAUACCCAAGGCUGCCCCCCGGCGCGGCAGACAAGCUGGUCAUGGAGACGGUCCACGCGCUGACGGCCAUCGGAGGACACGAAAAUCCCCCGUCGAGGCACAUUGUCGGCGCAGAGGGGGCCAUUGCCGUCCAGGAAAAGCUCAAGACGGUGACGGAGGAGAUGGAGGACUUUGUGGAUGCGAGCCUGGCCGUCGACAUAUUCGACAGCGUGCUCGAGGAAGAGGCGAGGGCCAACCAGGAACAGGAGCAGUCACUUGUGCUUGAGCCGUCGCCUUCCACAGGCUGA